GCAUUUGCUGCAUCUUUACGUUGGUUGCUAGCAGAGGACACAGCCACAACCUACUAUACUGAACUCUAUGUGGAUUUGUUUUACGGCUUCCAUAUCAAGUGAAGAGGGCUAAUUCAUUUUUAAGGAAGUGUUGGUGACUUUUGCAGUGACUGCUUGGAUCCCUACUGCACUGCUUUCAGCUGUUUGUGUCUUUCUCUCUUUCUCAUCUCCCAUCAGACCCUCCAGGCAGGAUGAUAGCUGCUCAGCUUCUGGCCUAUUAUUUCACAGAAUUAAAGGAUGACCAGGUCAAAAAGAUUGACAAAUACCUGUAUGCCAUGCGUUUCUCCGAUGAAAUGCUCCUGGACAUCCUGUGUCGGUUCAGGAAGGAUCUCGAGAGUGGCCUGGCCAGGGACACCAAUCCUACAGCUACAGUCAAGAUGCUGCCCACGUUUGUGAGGUCCAUUCCUGAUGGAUCAGAAAAGGGAGAUUUUAUUGCAUUGGAUCUGGGAGGGUCCAACUUUCGGAUUUUACGGGUGAAGGUUUCUCACGAGAAGAAGCAGACGGUUCAAAUGGAAAGUCAAAUCUACGACACUCCAGAGGACAUCAUGCAUGGCAGUGGAACAAGGCUGUUUGACCAUGUGGCCGAAUGCCUGGGAGAUUUUAUGGAGAAACAGAAAAUCAAAGACAAGAAGCUGCCGGUUGGGUUUACCUUCUCUUUCCCCUGCAGUCAAACCAAAUUGGAUGAGGGUAUUUUGUUAACGUGGACAAAAAGGUUUAAAGCAAGUGGUGUUGAGGGAAUGGAUGUGGUGAAGCUACUGAACAAGGCCAUUAAGAAGCGAGGGGAUUAUGAAGCUGAUAUAAUGGCUGUCGUGAAUGAUACAGUUGGAACAAUGAUGACUUGUGGAUUUGAUGACCAGCGCUGUGAAGUAGGCGUCAUUAUAGGUACGGGUACCAAUGCAUGUUACAUGGAGGAGAUGAGACACAUUGACCUGGUGGAAGGGGACGAGGGGAGGAUGUGCAUCAACACUGAGUGGGGAUCGUUCGGGGAUGACGGCUCUCUGGAAGACAUCCGCACAGAGUUCGACAGAGAGAUCGACCGAGGAUCCCUUAACCCAGGGAAACAGCUGUUCGAGAAGAUGGUGAGUGGAAUGUACAUGGGGGAACUCGUGAGACUCAUCCUGGUAAAGAUGGCCAAAGAGGGUCUGCUGUUCGAGGGCAGGAUCACACCCGAGCUUCUCACCAAAGGGAAAUUUGAAACGAAACACAUAUCAGCUAUAGAGAAAAACAAAGAGGGUCUGACCAAAGCUAAAGAUAUCCUGACCCGGCUGGGUGUGGAGCCUUCGCACGAGGACUGCAUCGCUGUGCAGCAUGUGUGCACGAUCGUGUCCUUCCGCUCCGCCAACCUCAUCGCGGCCACGCUGGGGGGCAUCCUCGGCCGUCUCCGUGACAACAAGGGGGUGCCCAGGCUGCGCACCACCGUCGGGAUCGACGGGUCUCUCUACAAGAUGCACCCACAGUAUGCCCGGCGCUUGCAGAAGAUGGUGAGGAGGCUGGUUUCGGAUUGUGACGUGCGGUUCCUGCUCUCGGAGAGUGGCAGUGCGAAGGGUGCUGCCAUGGUGACGGCGGUGGCGUACCGCCUGGCUGACCAGACUCGGCAGAUCAAUGAGACCCUGGCCGAGUUCAAACUGAGCCACGCCCAGCUGCUGGAGGUCAAGAAGAGGAUGCGGACGGAGAUCGAGAACGGCCUGGGGAAGAAAACCCAUGAGUCGGCCACAGUGAAGAUGCUGCCCACGUUUGUUCGCAGCACGACCGAUGGCUCAGAGAAUGGAGACUUCUUAGCUCUUGAUCUGGGCGGCACCAACUUCAGGGUGCUGCUUGUGAAGAUCCGCAGUGGGAAGAGACGCACAGUGGAGAUGCACAACAAGAUCUAUGCUAUUCCUGUAGAGGUCAUGCAGGGUACAGGGGACGAGCUUUUCGAUCACAUCGUUCACUGCAUCUCUGACUUCCUGGAUUACAUGGGGAUGAAGAACGCCCGCCUGCCCCUCGGAUUCACCUUCUCCUUUCCUUGCAAACAGACCAGUUUGGAUGCGGGGAUCCUUAUCAACUGGACCAAAGGUUUCAAAACCACUGAUUGUGAGGGGGAAGACGUGGUCGGUCUGCUUAGGGAAGGUAUUAAAAGGCAUGAGGAGUUUGACCUGGAUGUUGUGGCGGUGGUGAAUGACACAGUGGGGACAAUGAUGACUUGUGCAUAUGAGGAGCCGACCUGUGAAAUCGGUCUGAUUGCAGGAACUGGCAGCAAUGCAUGUUACAUGGAAGAGAUGAGGAAUAUUGAGACAGUUGAAGGAGACGAGGGUAGGAUGUGUGUCAACAUGGAGUGGGGAGCCUUCGGGGACAAUGGCUGCCUGGAUGACAUCAGGACACAGUACGACAGGGCUGUCGAUGACCUCUCACUAAAUGCUGGGAGACAAAGAUAUGAGAAAAUGUGCAGUGGGAUGUACCUUGGAGAAAUCGUCCGGAAUAUUCUGAUUGAUUUGACUAAGCGGGGGUUCCUGUUCAGGGGUCAGAUUUCUGAGACGCUGAAGACCAGGGGGAUCUUCGAAACCAAGUUUCUGUCCCAGAUUGAAAGCGAUCGCCUGGCCCUGCUCCAGGUGCGAGGCAUCCUGCAGCAGCUGGGUCUGGACAGCACGUGUGACGACAGUAUCAUCGUGAAGGAGGUGUGUGGCGUGGUCUCACGGAGAGCCGCUCAGAUCUGUGGGGCCGGCAUGGCUGCCAUCGCCGACAAGAUCCGGGAGAACCGAGGACUGGAGCAGCUUGACAUCACCGUCGGGGUGGAUGGGACGCUCUACAAGCUGCACCCACACUUCUCACUGAUCAUGCACCAGACAGUGAAGGAGCUGGCUCCCAAGUGCAACGUCAACUUCCUCCUGUCUGAAGACGGCAGUGGAAAGGGAGCGGCUCUGAUCACUGCUGUCGCAUGUCGACUGAGGGAACAAGAACAGCAAAACAAAUAGGAAGAAGCUACUGUAGCGUAACCCCGCACAGGAUCCCCCCGGGGCCCUUAAGAAUGAUCCUGUAUUUCCUGAGCACUUUCUUCUUCCACAGAAGUGACUCGGUUAUCUGACUGUGUGCAGCGCCAGCACCCUGUAUUUUAAAAGUCAUGAAGAAGCCUGCGUUUAGAUUAAACAACACUUAUUUUAUCGUAUCGAGUUAGUUUUAACAUUCUCGUGCAUGCACAGACAUUCCCUUUAAACAAAAAACGGCAGUCUAGAGCCACCUGCUGGAGUUUUGAUGUCAGUGCAUGCAGUACUUUGAUUUCUCUUUUAUUUCUCUUCUGCGUGUUGCACACAAUAUCAAAUGCCGGAGCCAUUUCUGUACGUCUCUGUGUAUAACAUCAUAUUUACAAUCUGCUACCCUCAAAAUCGAAACAGGAGGUAACAAUUCAAAUAUCACGGUGUCUACCACAAGACUUUUGCAUUUAUAGUCACUUCAAUUAUUGUUGUCAGAAUCGUACAGUCCCCAGAUACCGGAAUUAACCCAGCAUAUCGUGUUGCUUUUGUGAAUUAGGUGUUGUGUUAAAUGAUGCUGUAUUUUUUGUAUAAAUGGCAGACAGGCUUAUUGGAAAAAGCCAGGUGGUUGAACCAGUUCAGUAUGCGACAGUGUACUGGGGUUGUAUGUUGUGAAUAGUUAUGUGUGACUACCUGUAGCUUUAUAUGUCAGAACAUAUAUGAUGAAUGCAUGCCUUAUUUGGUGACACAAAGAUAUAGACUCCAUUUACUUUGUACACUGAUAUAGAUGCACUAGUGUUAUAAGAGUGAUAUUUGUGAAUACAUUAAAUUUUAUUUGGAUGUGCAACAGACCUUCUUUUAUGUCUGUGUCUGUAAGCACCUCCCCUUA